UGUGUGUGUGCAUGUGUGCAUGUGUGUGUGUGUAUGUGUGAACAUACACACACACCUCAAGGUGUGACUUUGCUCACCACUCCCUCCUCUCGUUUUAUAUAUAUAACCUGCUCUUCGGUGACCAACAGGAAACAGAUAAAGACCUUUAUCUCUCUCUCGCUCGGCUGGUCCUCUCACUAUUCUACAGUACCUGGGUGAAGAAAGGAAAAGAACCUCAAAAUGGAUUGCUUCGAGUUUCUAAAAAUAAUGAUGUUCCUGUUCAACGGAGUCAUCUUUCUGGCCGGUGCCGCUAUUUUGGGCGUGGGGGUGUGGGUGAAGGUGGACAGCAGCUCCCUGCUGUCGGUCCUGGGCAAGAUAGAGAGCGCCCCGCCGGAGCUGGACCAGCUGCUCAACGUGGGGUACCUGCUGAUCGCCGUGGGCGGCGUGCUGCUGAUCAUGGGCUUCCUGGGCUGCUGCGGGGCCAUCAAGGAGAGCCGGUGCAUGCUGCUGCUGUUCUUUGUGGCGGUGCUGGUGGUAUUCAUUGCGGAAGUGGCGGGAGCCAUUGUGGUCCUGGUCUUUAAACCUCUGGCAGAGAAUCUGGUUAGCCAGUUGGGUGAAAAAGCUGUUGAAGUCAUCAAAAAGGAUUAUGGAGCAAAACCUGACAUCACUGGCCCUUGGAAUGUCACCAUGGAUGGGUUGAACUGCUGUGGAUUUUAUAAUUACACGGACUUCGAUAAUUCUCCCUUUUACAAUGACAGUGGCAUGACCUAUCCAAAAGAAUGCUGCAGAAACGUCACCUGUAAUUCUGAAAACGCUGCUAAAUCGAACAUCCCUGGCUGUUUACCUAGAAUGAUAAAACUAAUAGAUGACAACAUAGUCAUCAUAGGAGCUGUGGCACUGGGAAUAGCCGCUCUUGAGAUUGCAGCCAUGGCCGUAUCCAUGUCAAUGUACCGCCAAAUAGGCGCCAAGUAGGGACAAUGCCAGAGGACUCUCGCUAUCUUUACACCAUUAGCCAUAAUCAGCAGAGAUUCUAAAUGAAGGGCCGCGAAUGGCUUUCAGUCAAAUCAACAGCCAUAUGUAACAUACACAAAAAGUGGUAAGAUGCUGUUCGUUGAUGUGAGAGCCAACAAUUUGAUGUGUCUGCCUUGCACGUCGUAUUAUAACGUCGUGUUUUAACACUUACCUUUUGCAUUACUUUUUCUAAUCAAGCAUCAAACUAUUCCUCUUUUUACCCAAGCUGAGCACUGUUUUUAUACUGUGUGAUGACGUUUUCCCCAUCGCAUAUCCAUAUCACAACUGUAUUGUUUUAUAUUCAAUAAUGAUAUGGAAAUAGUAUUACUCUAUUGUCUUCAAUCAAUUUUGCAAAUGUACAUAUAUGAUAUUUACAAAAACACACAAAACAAAAAUUACAACAUUUAUGAUACUGUAUGUUUUUGAUUUCAGUUGUCGUGUAUUUCAUUCAAAUUAUAAAUAAAUUUUUUUAU